UCGUGAAAUGUCCAUUGAAUGGCGGAGCGAUUAAUACGAUAUCGAGUAAUUUCGAAGAUGGGAAUUUUUCAAUCGCGUUUAAUUUACGUUAAGUGCCACGUGAACACUUGACGUAACGACGAUAAAAAAAAAGAAAGGAGAAAGAGAAAAAGGAGAGAUAUGUCGCGUCUUGAAACGAGCGCGAGCUUGCGGCAAUUCACGCUCGGAAUAAACUCGGUUGCCGUUGUUACCGCGAAUAAUAUAUAUGGGUUGGUCUCGUUGAGAGAGUUUCGCGAAAAUUGCAGCACCACCAUUAGCAAGCAGAAAGAAAAUCUGCUGAAGGAGAAGGAGAGACUCGUGAGCGAGAUAGAGACUAUGAGGCAACGCCAGAAGAACAUGUCCGCUUAUGCAGAGGAGCUCGAGAAAAGAAACAGCGAGAUCGAUCAGCGCAUGAACGAGAUGCAGGAGACACUUGGCAUGCAGUUGAACGAGAUCUCACGUGAGAAGAGGAUUCGGGAGAGAGCGGAGGCGGAAACGCGGCAGCUCGAAGAAGAGAUCGCCGCGAAAAAGAGCGAGCUCGAGAUCGCGAACGCGUCUAUCGAAGCCGGCGUGAGCAACGUGGCGAGGCUAGAGAGUCUGGCGAAGGAGCAGAGAACGGCGGGUGAGAAGAUGCAGAAGGAGAUUGGCAAGCUCAUGUUGAAGAGGCUGAAUCUACAAACGGAUCUCGACAACGCGAAUGUCGAAAUGGAUAAACUGGAGAAGGAAGUCGCCGAUAAAGACAAGCAAUUGAGAGAUGUCAAGAACGAGCUUAACAGAACGAAAGAGAGCACCGCCAAGUACAAGCACGAGAAGGAUUUAAUGGACAAGCGACUGCUAAAGGCCGAGACCGAGCGUGCCAAGGUGGAGCGCGAGCUGAAGCAGGCCCUGAUCGACGUCCAGAACACGGAACGCGAGGCGCAGAUCUGUCGCAAGGAGCAGCUGGAUGACAAGCAACGCGUCGAGACGCUGUUGCGGGAGAAGAACAUGAUCGCCCGUAGCAGGGAAACCGCCCAGGAGCGAAUCAAGCGGUUGAAUCACGAGCUGGUGCUGUGCGGACACGCCAGGACGAAGGUCGAGCACGAGCUAGAUACGCUGACGCAGAGCAUCGACGACGUUAAGAAGCAGAUGGAGACGGUGGAGAAGGAGCGGGAUAAAUACAGUCUGGCGAUACAGGGAUUGAAGCAGCAGAUGGAGGGUCACGUAAGCGAGGCCAAGCUGAGACAGGCGGAGAUCUUCGAUUACAAGAAACGUCUGGCAGAGGCCGAGACAAGGUACCGUCAGCAACAGAGCUUAUUCGAGGCCGUUCGUGCGGAGCGGAAUCUGUACAGUAAGAGUCUUGUCGAGGCGCAAGAGGAGGUACGGGAUUUGAAGAGCAAGCUGAAGAUUACGAGCCAGCAGAUCGAGCAAUUGCGGGAGGACAUUGCGACGAAGGAGGCCAGCCUUAUCAAGGAGGAAUUCCUCCUGGGAAGGAUCGAGAAGGAGAAGGAGGAUCUCAAGGUCGAUUUGCGAGCCUCUCGCGUCGAGAUAUCCGGUCUGCGACGGGAAAUCGAGGAGUCCAAGCAGGAGGAGAAGCGCCUCAGGCAGGCCAUACAGCAGGCGGAUAUAGACAUCGGACGCCGGAAGAAGGACAUCGAUAACGUUAUGAACGAGCGCGAUAUACUUGGCACGCAACUCGUCCGCAGGAACGACGAGCUCACUCUGCAAUACAGCAGGAUAAAGAUUCUAAAUACAACGCUACAACGCGGCGAGACACACUACAAUCAGCAAUUGGAGGAUAUUAGAUUGCUCAAGUUCGAGGUGAAAAGGCUCUGGACCGAGAAAACACUGCUCACCAAAUACAUUGCAAACAUUAGCAACUUGCGCCAGGAAGCCUUUCAUCUGAAUCGUGACCUAGCGAGAGAGAGGCUUAAAGUCACCGCACUGGAAGAAGAAAUUCAGACUCCGUUGAAUAUACAUAGGUGGCGGAAACUCCAGGGUACAGAUCCCACGACAUUUGAGAUGAUCAAGAAGGUGCAAAUUCUGCAGAAACGCAUUUUAAAAAUAUCCAGUGACAUGAUUGAUAAAGAGAGAAAGCUAAGGGACACCGAAAAGCUAUACAUGAAUCUUCGCGAUGUUUUAUCGAAACAACCAGAUCCGCAGGCAGCGGCGAACCUGAACAAAGUUCAAAACGCCUUACGCAAAAGAGGAGAGAAGCUCAAAUGUCUUGUCGCUGAACUAAAUGUGUAUGAGGCGCAGCUAGGGGAAUACAAAGGCGAUAUGGAGAGAAUGAGUAACGAGAUGUGUGAGUUAAAAAAAAAGUACUAUGCGCAAAAGAGGAAACUCCAGAAAAUAAAGGAGACGAGUCCGAAAUCCACCUACGAACCCAUUCUUCCGAGCGUUCUAGUACCUAAUAAGAAAUUCUGCGGAGGCGGCUUCAGGAUGACAACACCCACGCCGAGAAGUUGUUACGUUCUGGAUUCCUCAGCGAGCAGAUAAGGCGAAAGAGACGACAAAGAUCAAUCGGGUAAUGUUUCUAUCGAUCACAAAGAAUUUUAUUUAAUUCUACAUUUUCGUGUUCACGGUGUGUGUGUGUUAUUAAAUUAUCACAUCCAUCUCGUGUAUGAAACAAU